AUGCACUUUCAGUGGUUUGCAUUGAAUCAUAUUGAUAUCUAUGGCAGACAGAAUAGCAGUGAGGAGAAUCACAAGACUAAAACAAGCCAGCUGCAGCAUUCUAUUGCUGCAUAUCAUGGUUAUAAUUAUCUUGCUGCAGUUGAUGUAUCAAGAGAGAGAGUUGAGAAGGAGAUGAGAGGAUUCCUGAGCCAAUUACAGAAUCUGAUUGAAGAUAAUAACAGCUUGUCAGCUACAGAGAAGAUGAAGAAAGAUGAUUUUGAGAUUGUGAUGUUCUCUGAUGAGAACAAUAAGAAGAAUGAUGAGAAGAAUGAUGAUUGA